AUGUCAUUACUAUUCAGUUCCCCACCUUCUAAGGCGACGGCCUCCCUUACACCGUUCAAGGCCGCCAUCCCUAAGGCCAAACUCGUCGAGCUCGAGACGUUGAUAAAGAUAGCGAAAGUAGCACCACCCACCUACGAGAAUUCCCAAACAGACCACCGUUAUGGCGUCAAUAGGGAUUGGCUAGUGAACAUGCAGGAUCAGUGGCUUCGGUCUUACGACUGGAGAUCCUCCGAGGAUCGAAUCAACAGUUUCCCUCAGUACACGAUGGAGGUUGAAGAUCUUACAAUUCAUUUUGUAGGAUUGUUUUCGGAAAAGAAGGAUGCUGUUCCUAUCAUUUUGUUGCAUGGAUGGCCUGGGAGCUUCCUCGAGUUUUUGCCUAUACUGCAGAGGUUCCGAGAGGAGUACACGCCGGAAACCUUGCCCUAUCAUCUGAUUGUACCUUCAUUGCCCGGUUACGCAUUUUCCUCUGGACCCCCAUUGGAUAGGGACUUUGGAACAGGUGACAUCGCCCGUGUUUUGGACCAACUGAUGAAAAACCUCGGCUUUGAGAGCGGAUAUGUGGCCCAGGGAGGUGAUAUUGGAAGUCAAAUUGCCAGGCGUUUGGGCACGGAGCAUGAAAGCUGCAAAGAAUACGAAUAUCAGCUAGUCAACGCGGUUUUCAUGAGGAAGCCGGAUGGCAUGACAGACGACCACCUGAACGCCUUUGAAAUACAGGGCAUCGAGAAUAUGAAGAAAUUCAUAAGUACGGGCGUAGGCUAUGCGAUUGAGCACGGCACUCGACCCAGCACCAUCGGGCAAGUUUUGUCAUCGAGCCCUCUUGCUCUACUAGCGUGGAUUGGAGAAAAGUUCCUGGAUUGGGUCGACGAUCCGCUUGCCCUAGAAGAUAUUUUGGAAUCUGUCACCUUGUACUGGCUGACGGAGACGUUCCCGCGGGCGAUCUAUACUUACCGACAGGUGAAUUUCCCUAUUAUUUUCGACUUCCAUGAGCAGAUAUCUGAUAGCUUUCCUGCGCCACCGGUUAUGAUCGCCAAUGACCCUCGUUGGUAUAUCCACAAGCCAUUUGGAUUUUCUUCUUUCCCUGGGGAGCAUGUUCGACUGCCGCGCUCGUGGAUUGAAACCACUGGAGACUUGGUAUUCUGGGAGCAGCACCAGAAGGGUGGUCAUUUCGCGGCACUAGAGAGGCCUGAUGAAUUGAAGGCGGACCUAGUCAAGUUUGUAGACCAGGUCUGGCCAGGUAUUAAGAGAGCCGACUAA